AACCGACGAAGAAGAAGAAGAAGAAGAAGAAGAAGAGCAACAACAGCACGCGCUUCAAAGUUGUUUGUACAUCCACCAAAGAUGACGAACGUAUUUUAAAGUUUAGCUAGCUCAGUAUAGGCACUUGAAUUAGUGUGCGAGUUUCAUUGCGUAGAAUCUCCUCAUCCUAAUGUGGCGAAGAUGCGUUUGAAAACAAGCAGGAGUAACUCCAUUAAACAACGGAGAUCUAUGUAGUACAUACGUUUGCAAUUCAGACAUACUGUUAUAACGAUGGAGUUUAUUAAAGAGGAAAGUGAAGACAUGAGUUAUUCUGAGCCAUGCAGAGUGAAAGAUGAAGAUACUGAGGAACAAAGAGGCUUAAUGAAAGUGAAAGAAGAAAGUGAAGAACUGAGUGACCUUGAUGACAAGCACCAUUACUAUCAGAAUACUUCUCAUUUCAAUACUGAAGAAAAACAUUUAAAUUCCUUACAGACUGACAGGCAUUUGAACCAAGAAAAGGCAGAACGAAAAGAAGCCAAAAGGUCAUUCACCUGUUCGGAGUGUGGAAGGAUUUUCACUCAAAAAAGAUUCCUGACGAGGCACUUAAGAGUUCACACUGGAGAGAAGCCUUUCACAUGCGUUCAGUGUAGGAAAAGUUUCACACGCAAAGAAAGGCUUCAUAUGCAUAUGAGAAUUCACAAUGGAGAGAAGCCGUUCACAUGUCCUCAGUGUGGAAAGUGCUUUAGAGAGAAAAGGAUCCUUAAGAAUCACAUAAGAGUUCACACUGGAGAAAAGCCGUUCACGUGUCUUCAGUGUGGAAAGAGCUUCACACAGAAAGUAAACCUGAACACUCACAUGAGAAUUCACACUGGAGAGAAGCCGUUUGCAUGCCAUCAUUGUGGAAAGAGUUUCGCUUGCAAAGGAAACCUUACUAUGCAUGUGCGAAUUCACACCGGAGAGAAGCCUUUCAAAUGUCAGCAGUGUGGAGUGAGUUUUACAGAGAAGAAAAUCCUUAAGAAUCACAUUAGAAUUCACACUGGAGAGAAGCCCUUCACGUGCCUUCAGUGUGGAAAGGCUUGCACGCAGAAAGGUAACCUGAGGAUUCAUAUGAGAGUUCACACUCGAGAGAAGCCUUUCACCUGCCAUCAAUGUGGAAACAACUUUAAAUGUAAAGCAAGUUUUAAUUUGCACAUGCGAAUUCACACUCAGGAGAAACCUUUCACAUGCCUUCAGUGUGGAAAAAGGUUUUCGCAGAAAUCGCACCUGAAGAUUCACAUGGUAGUUCACACUGGAGAGAAGCCUUUCACGUGCCAGCAGUGCGGGAAAGGUUUUAAACGUAAAGAAAGUUUUAACGUGCACAUGCGGAUUCACACUGGAGAGCGGCCUUACGCGUGUGAUCAGUGUGGAAAGAGUUUCAUACAGGUAGUAAGUCUCAAAACUCAUCUGUGCUUUAAAUCACCAUCAGCCCUGAAAAAAAAACUGAAGGUGAAUGCGAAUGAGAAUCAUCAGGAAACGCAUAAGAGUGUAAACGCUCAUGAGUGCUCAGAGUGUGGUGAAGCCUUCACUAAAGCUCGUGAAUUGAGAAUGCACCAAAGAAAUCACAAAGAACAACCCUACAAGUGCUCAGAAUCCCUGAAAACAAAUGAGCGAGUGCACACUGCAGAGAAGCCGUACCACUGCCUUUCAUGUGGGAAGAGGUUCAGCUCAUCCAGAAAUCUACAGACUCAUAGAAAAAUACUCUGCUCACUAGGCAAAGAAGUGGAAACUGGGUAAAUGGUAUGACAUUUGAAAUAACCCCCCAAACACUCAAAAAUGAGGGGCAGUAUGUAGAUUAUUGGUUCAUAAACCUAGGUAUGAUAUUGCAAAAUGCUACUGUUUUCUACACUCAAAUAUUUAGGCACAAUUUUAAGAUUUAUGUAUUUGAAUUGCAUAUAGGAUUUCCAGCCAAUUUGAUGGGGGAUUUUGAUCUAAUUGACUUGAGGAAUUUUAAAGCUCACAUAGGUCAGGGAGACCUGUCUGUAGUCUCUAAUAGUAGUCUCUUUGAUUCAUAUUUUACUAAGAAUAAUAAGAAGAAUAUUGUUCAAACUUCUAAUUGUGCAAAAAUCUUUCAUUUUUUUUCUACUAUUUUGGGAAAAAGACCGUUAGCUUUUACUUGAGGAAGAGUUGUGUGUGUGUGUGUGUGUGUGUUCUGUCUCUUUCUCUGUUCUUUAUAGGAUUUGGACUGGCGGCAGCAAGGUGAGAGACGAAACAACUGUGUAGGGGUAGAAAAGCUCAUAUGAGAGGAUAGAACUAUGAAUAUGCUAUUGCGUGACAUUCUGAACUGAAAGACUCUUUUACAAAUUGACAAUUGAUGUACAGACAUGAAGGCCAUGUUGGAGAUUUUCCAAGUUUAUCUUUGUGUUAACCAAUCAGAAUCCUGUGCGCACUUUCCUAAAUCACUGAUACCUGGCUACUACAAGUAUAGAGCAGGGGUGCCCAACCCUGUUCCUGGAGAUCUACCUUCCUGCAGAGUUCAGCUAAACACACCUGUCUGUAAUUAUCAAGUGCUCCUGAAGAUCUUAAUUAGCUGAUUCAUGUGUGUUUUAUCAGGGUUGGAGCUAAACUAUGCAGGUAGAUAGAUCUCCAGGAACAGGGUUGGGCACCUCUGGUAUGGGUAUGCACGUAACAUCACCGUUGGUUUUGCCCAUUGAGUGGCAGCGUUGGUUUUCAGCGUGAAUGCCGGCGAAAAACAAACUAAACACAUUCAAAAAGGGAAAGAGCUUUGCGUUAGACUGUACAAAUAGAUUUGACAAGAAAUCAGAGGUAUAUUUUUACAGACUGCCAAAAACUAAAGAAAAGAAAAGAAAAGUAAAUUGAUCUCUGCAAUUCACAGAAACAACUGGACUCUAGGCAGCAAAACAUUGAUUUGUAGUUAUCAGUUUGUUAAUAUGUUGAAUUUUGGGGUAAAAUCAUACCCUAUAUAUGGUAUUGUUAUAUAUUGUAGUGACAACUCAUCAAUUAAAUAUUUACCAUGUUCUGCACAAUUGGGUGUUUUUAAAUAAACACUGAAAAAAACUAGGACUGGAUGACAUAUAAAGAUGAUAUAAGUGAUCACCCAGAUUUAGACCUACCCAUAUUGUAUUUUUUAGAAAGUGUUCACAGGCAAAUUUGCUUUUAUGUAUUUCCCCGGCAUCAAAAUCAGGCACAUAAAUGUCUGGAAACACGAUUCCUGGCUGCAUGUCAAUAUCCAUGGAUCUUUUGUAAGUUGUAACAAGAACACUAUCAAGUCCAACCUUAAUUUUAAUCGUUUGUUUUACUCAUGUUUUACUCAGGUUUUCGCAGUUUCCCCUAUUAAAUCCUGUCAUGCGGCAGGCUCUUUAGCCACUCAGUCCAACUGAGGGGGCUUGUUCUGGCGAGAAAGUGAAGUCAAUGCAUACCCUCUAUUGCUGUAUUCAAUUGUAAAGCAGAAGUGGCCUACAAACUCCUUGAUGAAUGCGAAAACUGACUCCUGCUCUUGAAAUAGCAAACAACUUUCUUUUAAGUAAAACAUUAUUUGAUUGAUGGAAACCUCGAUUUGUGGUCUUCAUUUAUCUACUGGUCUGCGGGUCUUAACUGUACUAAUCCCUACAAUAUAUUAUCAACUAAUUAAUUUCCAAGACAACUGACUGAGCAAAAGGGACUAAUAACAUUAAGUGGUAUGGCAUCUUAUACACAGAAGCCAUUGGCACGUGCUGCUGUGCUUAGUGGCACAUCAGGUUUUUAUUGGCAUGUGCCACUUCAGCUUCAUACUCGUUGUAAAGCUUGGAUGUGUAAGGGUAUUUAUUAGUAUAACUCCGAUUGUGUUCAUCAGAAAGAAGAAAAUCAUAUACACACCUAGGAUGGCUUGAGGGUUUUUUACAUUUUCACAUAGGAUGGCUUAAAUAGGUUUUAUUACAUCCCAGAGUUGUUUAUAUACAUUGUAUAAAUUUAUAUAUAUAUAUAUAUAUAUAUAUGUAUAAAUUAUAUAUAUAAUUUUUACAAUGUAUUUAAAUACUUAUUAUAAUAUAGUUGUUUGAUAACCAGCAUGUGCCAUCUCAAAUUGACACAUAUCAGAUAUUUCAUAUAAUUGUAAACUAGCACGAGAGAAAAUGACACAAACCAUUAUAAAGUGACUGUCACCAACCAUUCAGAAGUGUGCUGGACCUUGGCUCUUCACAAUGCACAUAGAUGCAAACUCCUCACCUUUCAGUGAAAAUUUACCUUUUUGAGAUCAAAAUAAAUCAAAGUACUAAGAGAGCAAUUUGAAAGCAUAUGGGCCGUCUGCUCUCUAAUCACUCUCAAAAAGCUCACUACAAAAAGGAGCAGGUGUAAUAAGCCAUUGCUUGUUCCACUUCUCACAAUUUCAAAAUUCUUUCAUUAAAUAUUUUACAGACAUAUUAAACAUCUCAAGCAACAGAAAAUUAAAAAAUAUAUAUAUAUUUCAACUAAAUUUAAAGAAAAUUGCCUUCCAUUAGGCCUAAGCAGACCUAAUAUAAUUUUUGUAUAUAUAUAUAUAUAUGUAUACACACACUUUAUAUAUAGGCUACUUUCGGAGAUUCGAUGUAAAAAAUAUAUAUGUAGCCUAUAGCCUAUUACAGUGUAGUCUAACGCGUCCAAGUGCAUUUAUAACCUAAUUUAAUAAAUAAAAAUGUCAUUUAAAAGUAGCUAGCUAAACGUAGUGAUAAAUGUCUGUUGCGAUGUUUAAUAUGAAAAUAAGCGUAAUUUGGUUUAAAUACAUAGCUAGUAGCCUAUAAUAUAAACAAAUUAGGCCUACGUUUAUUUUCAUGAACUGUGAUAAAUGCGAUAAAUGAAGUGUAGGCUACAGGCAAAAAUAAUAAUAAUCUCUUUCUGUAUUUUCCUCUCUAAUAAAAGUCACGCAGACCUUUUUGUGCAAAUAUUACCUGUAGGCCAGUUUUCCCAAUCUUUUUUACGCCAAGGCCCCCCUCCUCUCCGAAUCAAUACUGCAAGGCCCACCUGCUCACCUGCGAAUAUAUUGAACUGUGUUCAUGCAGAAUUACGACGUUAUAGCGAUCAGUGAGUGGAGAGCGCACAUGUGCGGUUUGUUUGCGCAUAAUAACGGGCUCGCGCAUGCCUUAUGUAUGUCACUGUAAUCGUCUUUACCUUAAUUACAGUCGUCAUCCAUCAGAACCUUUUUAGCGACACUGGUUUUCUUUUUCCAACUGAGAGAGUUAGUUUGCGUUUUGAGCCACCGUUCAGUCUGUAUUUCACAGCAGCCGAUGAGAAACGGCCUGGGCUGAUUCGAAACAAUCGCAGAAUACGUACGCCUUAUUUUAAAUGUAUUUUUAAUCCAUUGAAUUUAUCUUUUUUUAAUGUAUCGCAUUAAUAAUUAAAUUAAUGAAUUAUAUUAAUAUAUUUAAAUUAAUUUUAAGUUAUCUCGCGGCCUCCCUGGAGGAUCACUGAGGACCCCUAGUGGGCCGCGGCCCACAGGUUUAAAACCACUGCUGUAGGCUAUUUGGAAAACAGUGUGAACGACAAUAAGAGAGUUAAAAGCAUGGAUUAUGAAACAUGCAAUAAACUGAUAGGUUUAUAAGAUAAACGACUUACAAUAAAGUAAUAUUUAAUCUAUAUCGGAGCAAUAUAUGUUUGUAUUUUCAGAAUGUUUUAUAUUUUUACAGUAAAUGAUUGUGUGCACCUUAAAGAGUAAAAUCAUUAUUGCAUGACUUUCAAGCAAGUUGUCAUGACUAUGACGAAACACGUACUAUAUAAAGCAUCAUUAACCAAGAUUAAUAAAUGCUGAAUGAAUGAAAUUUGGUAAUAAUGAAGAAGAAAUCACCAAGCUGUUCUAGCAUGUGUGAAACCCAAAAUAACGCGAGAGAUGAUUUGAAUCACGUGAGUUGGACGAUUGAUCACAUGAUCCAGUGACAACAAACGCGCACACUGGGAGGAGUUUACGCCAAAAUCACAUUAAUCUAACGAAAGGCCAUAAAAGAGUUUUAUUUUACGAGGUUUUCUUUGUGGAUCCUUAGUUUGUUUUUUUUUAUGCAAUGAACAUUGUUUUCAAUGGCAUUGGAAUAAAUUAUCACGUAAAAACUGAUGGCCCAGUAACAACUAUCGCCUGGCACCUUUAGUGCAAUUCACCGGUAAAUUCUGAGUAGAUUUAUCAUCCUACAAGUGAAGAAGUGUGUCCAAUCAACCAGGAAAAACUAGGUGUAACAACUGAGAUCUUCAUAGCAUAAGACUGUUAAGUUGCUGUUUAUUAAAGAGGAGACUGAAGACAUGAGCGACCCAGAACCAUCGCAAAUAAAAAAUGAAGAUAACAAUGAGGAAGAAAAAGCAGAAGAAACAGAGCAAAGUCAAGAACUGAAUGAAGUGGCGUGUAACCGUGAAUCGGACCAUCAGUAUCAGAAAUCUCAGCAUUUCACAGCUGGAGAAAAAUCAUUCAGUUCAUCACAGAACAUUGACAAAGAAAGAACUAAGAGAACAGAAGCCAGGCCAUUCACAUGCCUUCAGUGCGGGAAGACUUUUAAACGGGCCACGGAUGUCAAAGGUCACCUGCGGUAUCACUCUGGCGAAAGGCCAUUUACAUGUGAUCAGUGCGGUAAGAAAUUUAUUUUGGCGUCACACUUAAAAACGCACCUGUCAAUUCAUUCAAACGAGAAGCCUUUCUUGUGUUCUAUCUGUGGUAAGAGUUUUUCGCGCCUCUGCACUUUCAAAGAUCAUGAGAAUAUACACACCGGUGUGAGAGAUCACGUGUGCUCUGAGUGCGGCAGCGCCUUCAUUACAGCCAAUGCCUUGAAAAUGCACCAGCGAGUUCAUACCGGAGAAAAACCAUACAAAUGUUCACAUUGCGGAAGGAGUUUCAGUCAUUCGGGAGCCCUGAAGAGACAUGAGCGAGUACACACUGGAGAGAGGCCGUAUCACUGCCCUCUCUGUGGGAGGAAAUUCACCCAAUCCAGCAAUCUGCUGACUCACGUGAAAAGGCAUUGUCCAAAGUCACGGUGAUCAAGGUGCAAAUGAGGACGAACUGUAAAUAGAGUGAAAUUCAGAAAGAAAUACAAGAAUCACAGACAGAAAAACUCCAGAUAUGCCAUUAGACAUCGAGAAUGAACCUACAGUAGCCAAUGUGGUCACAUUGUUUUUAUAUUUCUGAUUACAUGUUCUUGAUUAUUUCUGAUUAAACUCGUGAAGGAAUUAA